AUGUUCAAAGCUAGCGGGACGCUCGCAGCGCUUCUCCCAUCGCUGAAUUUCGGCGUGAACAAGACGGACUUUUUCACGAGUCUUUGGAACAAGCCGCAAACACGUGAUGAGCGGGUGAAGGAGUACGUGCCAGAGGUGCUGGAGGAGAGUUUCGAGCAGCAGCGCGCGGUGCUGGAAGAGAGCAUGUCGCGCGAUAUUAUUGUCGAGCUGGGUAACAAGAUCCUGCAGGAGAUCGACAGCAAGAGCCCCACUCCGAGUAUCGCACCACACCUCAACAAGCUGUUGCUCGAAUACGGCGUAAAGGACGUGAUUGCGCAGCGGCCUCUGAGCUACCUGUUGUAUCCCAACUCCUCCGCGCUAUCGGCUGGUGAGCAGGCGCAUGAGCUCGUGUCCAGUUUUCCAGACAACUUCCGUGCAAUGAUCGAAGAGGUGGAGCGCAAUGGCUGCUCCGCCAAAGCAGCUACCCCCGCGUCUGCCGCGCCAGGGGUCCAUGCGCCCAAGGCAGCGCCUUCGGUAGCAGCAGUAGGGCACGAGGCCACGUCAAGCGUGCAAGUUGUCAGUGGCACGGCUGCGUCGGGAGAGGAGGCGACGUCCACUGUGGCUGGUGGCCAGACCCCUGGCAACGGCGCGGCGUCCUUGCCGUCGCAGCAGCGUGCAGACGGUGUGAUUAUGGCAUCCGAGGAUGAAUAUGAGCCGAUGGAUAUCACAAUGUUUGUUAAAGUGGCUGCGGGCAUGGCCAUGGCGAACCUGCACUGCGGCGACAUGCGUAACGCCGUUCGCUGCGUUGAUGCUGGAAUCGCCCACGCCAAAGAGGCAUCGCGACUCGGUGGGCUGCUGGCACUGAAAGCGGGUUUGCUCGUGCGUCAGAAGAAGCUUGCGGAGGCGGCCGAGUGUGCAAAGUUGGCGGUCGAAGCCUCUGGAAAUGUACAGGGUUACCUUCACGGCGCCUACGCGCUGCACAAGCUGGGCCGUCCGGAAGAGGCGGUGGCGCUGCUUGAGCGGGGGCGCGAGGACCACCCCAUGAACACGCAGCUCGAGGCCCAGAUCGAGGCCAUUCAAAAGGAGCUCAAGCUCGCGCUCCCGGCAUCCCCCUCCUUUUCAUCGGCAGGAAUGGGGGCAACCCAAGAAGCGCUUCCGGCGAAGUGA